UUCUAGUUUUCUAUUAAUUAUUUGCAACAAUUUAAGUAAAGGAAAUUUGCAAUUAACGAUUAGAAAACCGAUCAUUUGAAUGAAAGUGAUUUUUGAUAAUAAUUUUAAUGUAAAGAAAUUAAAAUUUAAUUGUGAUUACUGAAUUGGUUCAUUAACUUUCACUUAAUUUUCAUUUUCAUUAUGGUUAAUAAAUUGAUUGAUUAUCAAAUUGUUUGCAGGUAAAAAUCAUCAAUUAAUUAGUCUAAUCAACUGUGAAUCUUUAAUUGUUGUUGAUCAAUUUCUGGUGAAUGUCAUUAAGUUUAUUUCAUACGAUUGAUUUAAUUGUUUUAAACUUGUGUUGAUUGUUUUAUAAAAAUGAUCGUCAGUUAAUUAAUUGAGAUGAGGUGGGAAGAGUGAAAAUUAACAAUUGAAAAGGUUAAUUAGUUAAUUGUUGGAGAAAUGAAAAAGAAAGAGUGAAAUUUAAGCAAAAGAGGAAGUAUCUUUUUCUUGGUUGGUUUUUAAUUGCUCAAAUUAAUUAUUAGUUUAUCGACUAAAUUCAAUUUCAUCUAAAAAGGAUUGGAUUAAAUCAAUCAAAUUAAUAAUUAAUCCGUGACGAGAAGAUGAAGAGAGUCAGUGAGAGAUAAUAUUGAUCAAAUUAAUUCACCGAACAAUCAAAAAUCAGUUGAUCAUUUCAUGUCAAUUCUGAUUGUGAUCAUCAUUGGAUUAACUUUAUUGUUUGAAUUAAGUCUUAAUCUUUAUUAUUGUUGAUUCUUAAUACAUUUCAUGAUGGAGUCUCUAGUAACCAGAGUGAACCUUUUACUUGGCUUAAUCUCAAUUGUAUCCGCUGGUGGAUUGCAUUUGGAUUUUGGUGUUAAUCUGCCGCCAUUCGUGCUUCAUAUGCCUCGAUUUAAUUUACCUCCGAUUAAAAUUGCGGCCACUUUUAAACCAUCAACUGGUUCAUCGCCUUUUGCAAUUAAAUUUCCAGGGAUUUCGAUAGCAACUAAUCAGGGAAAUCAACAAGAUUCUUGGUGGAAUCAAAAUCAAGCUUGGCCAGAACCUGAACCAGAAGUUGAACCAUAUCCAGAAUCUGAACCUGAACCUGAACCAGAACCAGAAAGUGAACCUGAACCCGAACCUGAAUAUCAUCACAAUUCACAUCAUUCUUAUGAUCCUUGGGGUAAAUCAUCAGUUAAAUCAAUUCAGCACAAAGAUUCCUGGGCUUCUAGAGGUCGAUUGAUUGAAGGAAAUGGAAACAAUCAGAAACAUUUACCUCAACAUAUUUACAUGAAACAACAAUCAACUAAAUCAUCAGUUCUUACAAACGCUCAACAAUUUGCUCGUCAAAAGAGUAUUGUUAACAAUCAUAUGUCAGCUCUUCGUGGAUCAUCAUCUUCCCAAUCAUCAUCAUCAUCAUCUCUUCCUUCAUCACCAUUAAUUGAUAAAUCACCACCAACUCCCGCUGAAGUUGAUUCCUGGUUAAAUCAGAUGAAAUCAAUCAACACUCUUGACAAUCAAUAUCAACUCUCAAAUCCAAUGGACUAUGAUAGACGACGAUCAUCAAAUUCCCAUAUAACCAAACCAUAUACUCCACCAAUUAAUCCUAAAUCAGGAAAAAUUGACCGAUCACAAUCUCACCCAACAGCUACAAUUAAAAUUUCUAAUCAAAACAAUUUACUCUCAAAUCAACCUGUUAACCAAAUUAACCAACAACAACAAAAAUAAUCACCAACAAAACAACAACAAGUGAAUCUUUAUAAAUAAUUUGAUAUUGUAAAUAACUGGAUUACGUUGAUUAUAUCAAUUAGAGAGAGAAUUUAAUUGUUGAAGAG